GACAAUUUUUUUUUCUUGGUGUAGGGAAUCGUGAUAUCGCUAUCAUUAGAUUCUCGACAGCAAGCCCACCAACACCACCGGGCUACAACAAUCGACUUCAAAGAUGCGUAUCGAAUCUUGCUUCUUCUGUGGGAGGCCUGCGUGGCCCAGCAAGGGAAUCACAUUCAUGCGAAAUGACGGAAAAUCAUUCCGGUUCUGCCGCUCCAAAUGCCACAAGAACUUCAAGAUGAAGAGAAAUCCGCGGAAGCUCAAGUGGACCAAGGCACACCGCCGGAACGCGGGCAAGGAGAUGGUGGUGGACAGCACGCUACAGUUCGCCGCCCGGCGCAACGUGCCGGUGCGGUACAACCGCGAGUUGGUGGCCAAGACGCUCAAGGCAAUGGAGCGCAUCAGCGAAGUGCGCACACGGCGCGAGCGCAUCCUCUACAAGAAGCGCAUGGCCGGCAAGCGCGCCCGCGAGGUAGCUUCCGCCCGGAAGCUCGUUGCCGACAACGAGCACCUGCUGCCCCGCCUGCGCGGCAGCGAGAAGCGGCGCCUGGCCGAGCUCGCUGCCGAGCAAGGUCUUGAAGUCGAGGAGCUAGAGCGCGAAGGUCUGGCAGCGGUUCGUGCGAGCAAGAAGAGCAGACCAUUUGGCGCCGAGGUGCGCAGACUCAGGGUACGGACCGACGGCGGUAUUGAGGAGAUCGCCGAUCGGACAGACGGGAGCGUCCACGGCGAGGACGACAAUGACGUCGAUGACAACGACGACGAGAUGGACACCGAUUGAGGAAUAUCUCGCACCUUCUGAUCCGAGGAGACAUUGUCCUUGCCCUGGCCCCUUUUUUGCUGGUCCUAUUACAAAAGCCCAAAUCCGGGCUUCCGAUACCUCAGAGCCAGUGUGCGGGCCUAGUCAAGGGGACAAUAUACAGUAAGCGCAGGAUUGUUUCUUCACCUGUGGCGGGGCAUUGCCGGUGUAUAUCUGGUCUUUCUGUCGAGCGGUUUCCGGUCGUGGAGGACGGCGUGUCCGUAUGGAAUUGCAAAGACUGUUGGGUUGGGCCUCUUAUCCUGUGAGAGCAUCUUGCAAAGUAUCAUGGCUUACGAUACUGGCGAAAUCGGCGUUAUAUAGAGAAGGAGCACCCCAAACAAUACGACAUCUUUGCUGGCCUUGUACAUAAUCUACAAUUACCAUUGCUACAUGAUUAUUUGGGCAGAUAGGCCACAUCCAAUUGACGUCUUUCUCAUGAAA